AUGUCUGUAAAGAUCUGCGGGGAGCCCUCGGAGCACUCUCGGCCCGUGAAGCUGCUGGCCGCCCUGUUCUACGCUUGCUGCUCGUUCCUGAUCACCGUGGUGAAUAAAACGGUGCUGACCGGCUUCAGGUUCCCGUCCUACCUGUGUCUGGGGAUGGGACAGCUGGUCACCACUAUUGCUGUCCUGUACGCGGCCAAAAUGAGCAAAACAGUCCAGUUUCAGGAUUUUGAUAGAUCCAUACUUAUCAAAAUUUUCCCUCUUCCUUUGCUGUAUUUUGGCAACCAUGUAACAGGCCUGGCCAGCACCAAGAAACUGAGUUUACCAAUGUUUACAGUGUUGAGGAAAUUCACCAUUUUGAUGGCAUUGAUCUUGGAAGUGUACAUACUGAGAAAAUCAUUUCCAAAACGCAUUGUGUACUGUGUCAUGGCUAUAAUUGCUGGUGCCAUGAUCGCUGCCAGCUCAGACUUGGCUUUCAAUGUGGAGGGCUACACCUUCGUCCUUCUCAACGAUGCCUUCACUGCUGCCAACACUGUGUACACCAAGAAAAAACUCGGUGAUCAGUCCCUGGGAAAAUAUGGGGUGUUAUUUUACAAUGCGCUCGUCAUUGUCAUCCCCACUCUGGUGGCGAGCGCAUUCACUGGAGAUUUACAUAAGGCCAUCUCUUUCGAGGACUGGGUGAAAGCAACGUUUGUUUUCUGUUUCAUCAUGUCCUGUUUCAUGGGGUUUGUGGUGGUGUAUUCCGUCGUCCUGUGCAACUAUUAUAACUCAGCGCUCACUACCAUCGUGGUAGGGGCGAUAAAGAAUGUUGCCGUAGCCUAUAUCGGCAUGUUUGUGGGUGGAGACUACCUGUUCUCCUGGACCAACUUCCUCGGCCUCACCAUUUGUAUUUCAGGCGGACUCAUGUUCUCAUAUUUCUCCUUUGACGCCAACUCUCGAGGGAGCACAGCGGGGCCGGAGCUCAGGAGUCACACCACAGAGGAGUCCACAGGGAAGCUUUCCAUCGUCUAAAGGAGAAGAUUUCAACAUUCACCUCACGGCUGCAUUAUUUUACUUCAUAUUGGAGCAUAUUUACUUCUAUACUACUGAAUCCAGAGACGCAGAGCUGGAAUUGAUCCCAGCCGACUAUGGAUGCAAGCAGAACACGUGUUGGGACUGGUCGUCCAGUUGGCUUCAAACUUCAGUCCUCUCUCUGUGAGGCAAGAAUACGAACCACUACACCACUGUGCUGCUUUACUUUUGAAUAAAAGGACAAGUCACAUGGAGCCCGUUGGAUUCUGUGAAUGUUUAUUGAAGAUGAAGAGAUACAGAACAGUGUUGGACUGCCUGCCAAAGAGAUCUGUGUAAAAUGUGUAAUAAAAUGUCUACCAAGCAAGCAGGAACACUCUACACACGCAAAUAUGGAAGUCGUCGGAGGAUGUUAGCAGAGGGGAUUGUGACAAACUGAGACUAAAAACUUAAAAGCUCUCUGUAAAUUGUGCGCAAUUUUCUAACAAACACUACUUGUAUAUAUUAAAAAUGGCAUAAAUUUUCUCAAACCAUAAAAUAGACAGGGU